UUAAGCGUGAGGGUGAAGUUGUAUAAGCUUAGCUGAGUGAGACAGAAAAGGAAAAGAGAAUUAGGGUUUUAGCAGUGGUGGAAGGUUGUUGAGAGGGUUUUAGAACUUCUCACUCUUCAGAUUUGCGUUCCUCUUCUCUCGCUCGUUCAUCAAUGGCCACCACCGUGCCUCCUCCUCCCGCUCCCGCUCCCGCUCCCGCCGUCGACGCCAAGGUCGAUUACUUCAAUCUCCCAUGUCCAAUUCCCUUCGAAGAGCUCCACCGCGAGGCCAUGAUGUCUUUGAAGCCGGAUCUUUUCGAGGGCAUGCGUUUUGAUUUCACCAAGAUGCUCAAUCAGAAGUUCUCUCUCAAUCACAGCGUGUUGAUGGGACCUACUGAGAUUCCUUCUCAGUCCACUGAGACCAUUAAGAUUCCCACUGCUCACUAUGAGUUUGGCUCAACCUUCAUUGAUCAUCCUAGGUUGUUGCUCUGGGGGAGAAUUUAA